AUGGGGAGGGAGCGGCCGCCCGGGAGGGGCUGCAGCUCCCUGAGCCGGUGUCUGCUGGGCGCCGCGCUGCUGCUCGGCCUGCGGCUCUGCGCGGAGCUGCGGCGCGCCGGAUCCCCGUCCCCAGCCCGCGGCGCCCCGCCGGCCCCCCGGCCGCCCGCGCCGCACCUGCCGCCCGCGCCUGGCCCGCCGCGCGGCGCCAGCAGGAGGCAGGUGACCUACGUGCGCAGUGGGCGCCGAGCACCGCCGGGGGGCGGCGGGAGCGGGACGCCGGAGCCGGGCUGCUGCGCCCCGCGCGGGCGCCCCCGCCGGAAGGGUCCCCGGUGGCACAUAGACCUGCAGCCAUGGGCAGGCCCUGCUCAGUCCCUGGAUGAAGAAGCUUUGAGGUUCCUGAGAUAUAUCAGCACCACCCAGAUUGCAUGUGAUCACGUGAGCACAGACAGCCUUGCUACGGACUCCAGCCCUGCAAAGAAGCCCUGGUCGGUUUGUCUUGAUGACAGGUUUGGCUUAGCUCAUCAAAUCCGCAACAAGCAGUGCCGUCUCUACUCUUUAGGGCUGGGAAGUGAUGACACCCAUUUUGAGGUUAGCAUGGCCAACAAUGGAUGUGAAGUGCAUCGUUUUGAUCCUAGUGUUACGUCAGCUCACAUUCUGGAGAGUCAGCACCUUUGGUAUCACCGCUUGUCCAUCGACUGGCGGGACCCCCAUCCAGCUGUUGCUGCCCAAAAACCACAUAGCAACACCAGAAAAUUGGGAACCAUUUUGAACGAAUUUGGGCAUCACAAGAUUGAUGUUCUCAAAGCAGAUCUGGAGAGUGCAGAGUGGAAAGUUUUGGAAAAUCUUAUUUUGGAAGAUGUCCUUGAACAGAUUGGACAGCUCAUCUUUGAGAUCCACCUCCACUGGCCUGGGUUCGAGGUCAGCGGCAGUGACAGUAGUGUCGUGCGGUUCUGGUACAGCCUCCUCAAAGAGUUAGAACUAAAGGAUUUCAGGCUUUUUCACAGUUACAAAGAUUUAUCGAAGCCUCAGAUAUUCCUGAAGAAAGACAUUUUCAAUGCAAGUAGCUGUUACACUCUCAGUUGGGUAAAUACAAGGUGGAAAUAGGAUGUAGGACUUCAUCAAGAACUCAAGGAAGUAUUUGCAGAAUGGAGUGUGUCCAUGAUACUACUAGUCAUUUUACUCGUGUAGUCUCCCAUUAGCCUGUUACCUGCUUGAGGUGGGCAUUAUUUUUGUUUUUGUGGUGCAUGUAGCCUGGCACCUGCCAUUUGGUAGGGACACAGUUAACCCUUGUUGAGGGGUGGGCACAGGAACUGGCCCUCAUGGGCCCAGAC